CUUUGCUUUCGACAGUUAAAGAUUCCACACGAAGAGGUCUUCCCUAGUCGAUUUGUGUCCAAGGUGAUCGACUAUGCAGUAGAAAGCGAAGCUCUUGUCAAUGCAUGGCAUCAGUACAGUGUGAUGGAACGUAUUCGAGCUAUAAGAAGGUUAUCGCAUGAUAUGCUAACAUUUUGCGAAAAAGUUUUUGGCCGCAUGGAUGUGAUCGAUUGGAUACGAAAUGAGAAGUUCGACAUUGCAAUUACAACUGGUGCCACAUGCUUUCAACCAUUACUUCGUAUGGCAGGUGUACAAAAAUCAAUCAUUCUCACUACAAGCGAGCCUGCACCAUGGAUUGUAAGAACUAUGGGCAUUCCUGAUACUGAGAACCCUACCGUCAAUGCACUUCCUUAUUUCCGACGCGCAAAAUUGGUACUGUCCAGUUACAUAGAAGAGAGGCUCCUAGAAUAUAGCCUGAUUCGUCCAUUAAACGAUAUGGGAAAGCGCAUGGUUGGCGACCGCUUCACAACAUUC